AUGCCACGCUUUGAGCCCAACGAUUAUGAAGCGCAUUUGUUUGACAUAUACGCGGAAUCCGAAUUUGCUAAGCAAGCGUUCCAAGCAAGAUUUACUGAGCAAGCGCUCGACGUAAAACCUCGAGUGAAGAAAAGCGAUAAAGGGGAGCUUUUUAUCCAAGUGUACCCCACAAUCGCCGAGUAUAAGAACGAGAAGCGAGCAGGCCGGCUUCUGACGUUCGGCAACAUCCCAGGCGACCCAAGCCACACCGAUAUAUCAGUCGAAAAAGAGUUCGUCGGUUACGAAUCCUACCUAUACCUGGAUCCUGAUCAUGGGAGCCUCUUCCUCCACGUUCUCAAAGGAAGAGCCAAAAUCUCGGUGAAUGACCAGAAUGAUCAGGCACAAGUCAGCGAAUCUUCUAUGCCAGGCACUCACCUACACAUCCCCGAUACUACGGACUCGGUUAUCAUCGAAAUGGGCACAAAGGGUUACAAAUUCAGCAUUCAUUGGAAAGAUCACCACAAGGCCACAGCGCCAACGCAUCCUAGGUCUUUGGAAAUACGCUCGUUCUUAGGUCGGCUAUGGGAGCGGCAACCUGAUAACCUGCUCUCACCGGAUCAGCUAUCUCCAUGGAUUCUUGGCCGGUACGGGGACCUGAAGCCGCUCGCCCGUCGUUCUAAGACGGACGGUACCACGAAGACGUUUGCAGUCAAGGAGGCGACCAAGGGGGAUAGUGUCGCGUGGGCAGGACAAAAGGAGCUCUUCUGGCUUAAAAAACUGCGUCACUAUUUGACGGAACAGAAGCUCGCGCACAGAGACCUCAAACAGGAGAACAUUCUAUUCGAAGAGGUUCAUGUGCCCAUGGAUCACCCCAAAGAUAUCGCAAGCACAAAAUAUUUAUUCCAACUUAUAGAUUUCGCAUUUGUUACGCGUCAAGACGAUCUGAAAUCAGUGCCCGCGUUCGGAAGUUACAGAAUACGGGAAGGGGGGAACCCCACUCACCCGGGGGUCGACCUAGCGGAGUUUCCUCCUAUACUCUUCGAACUUAUGGGAAUCACGUGCGACGACGAAGAAGACGAGCUCGACAACAAAGGAUGGGACAGGAAGGCCAAAGCCCUAGGCGCAGUGAACUUGGUCUUUCACGAACACAUACCGGAUCUCGAUGACAUCUUAAAGUCGGGGGAGAAUGAGCAACAAGUUAACCAAAAGCUCCAUGACCGUUAUCUCAAAAAGGCUCGUGGGCUCCUUCACCAUAAAAACGCAACGGGUCAAUCUAUUAUCCCUCAGGGGUACCAUGACAUGUACGAGGCCGCAGACCCGAAUUGCACCACUACGGCGCUUAACAUCCUCGAGAAAUUCAGAAAGAACCACGACUACUUACUGCCGCCCCUGAAGACGACAGCUGCAAGCAACUUGGCGGCAAUCACGAAUGAUACUUCUACUCUCAAGAUCACACCAGGGAGCUCAAAACACUGA